AUGGAUCCUAGGUUCAAUGGAGAGUGGAGGGCAUCUGAGAUCCAAACAGUGAAAUCUCUCAUUGCCAGGCACAACACCAACAAUAAUCAUGCCAACAACAUGAACAAGAAGCACACUGACAUUGUUGAUGAGCUCCAAGCAAUGUUCCCCUUGAAGGAAAAGCAUCAGGUAACCAACUUAUACGUUGAACUCAUGGUGGAGAUAAUUCAAAGUGGCAACCAACAUGUAGCAACAAGUAGCAACCUCAUGAAUGGCAACUUUGGAAUGCCGAUGGAGGAUCCUGCCAUGGGAAACAUGGAAGAAGUGCUAUGCAGUUCUCUUAUGGAGGAGAUGGGAGCCAUGAGGAAGGGGGAAGAGGCACUGCAGAAGCAGCCCACUCUUCGGAAGCAACAUGCCGCAAGGUUUUGGACUGAAGAGGAGCACAGGCAAUUCCUCUAUGGUUUGCGUGCAUACGGCCGUGGCAAUUGGAAGAUCAUCUCCAGGCACUAUGUUCCCAGCAAGACCCCGGUGCAGAUCUCCAGCCAUGCCCAGAAGUAUUUUCAAAGGCUACAAAAUCCCACCAAGAAGCAGCGCUACAGCAUUAAUGAUGUCGGCCUCUACGAAGCUGAGCCUAGGGUGCAGAACAAUGCUUCUGGCCAGGAGAGGCUCACCUUUGCAAGAGGUGCCUACAACCCAAAUCACUAUGGCUCUGGUGGCCAGCCUACUGCUAUGAACAAUCUUCCCAAAGUUAGGUUGCCACUUCCACACAUCACUAGCCAAGCAAGCAGCAGCCAGGCUGCCACCUUGGCUACCGGUCAUCAGCAACAGAUGGAAGCUAAUGGUUCUUUUGUAGCUCCGUCAGUGGAGGGGGAUGGGAGCCACAUGGCUUGGACUAGUGAUCAGCAAGGAGAAUUUCUUGAUAAUCAGUGGUUCAUGGAUCUACGCAUGGACUAG